AUGGCUACGGCGACCGUCGAUCCUACUACCAGCAAUUCUGUCAUCAUCAAUACCACUACCGCCCUCCCUCCCUCUCUCCCGACUCCAGCCAGCGCGAGCGCGAGCCCGGGCAAGCCACUCCCGCCAACAUCCACGUUCUCGUUCACCUCACCGCUCCCGCCCAGCAUCAAUGCGACCAACUUCGGCAUCGGGCCGUCGUCGCUGGUGACGGGGCUAAAGCAGCGGCGUGUGUCGCUCGCGCUGCCAUCGUCGUCGCCGAGGCUGGCGACUGCGUGGCCGUUCCGCGACGAUACAGGAUUGCAGGCGCAUGGGCGCCUGGGGGAGGGCAGCGGGCUGACGCCGGAGAAGAAGGGGAAGAUGAGGAGGAUCGACUCUGGGGAUUCGGAGGAUGCGGCGAGCCCUGCGGGCGCGAUGCGGCCGCCGGAGAAGAAGACGAGGAAGAAGUGGAGUAUGGAGGAGACGCAGAUGCUCGUGGUUGGAUGCAAUAAGGCAUGUUUCCAUGGUGUCGGGAACUGGAAGGCGAUGUUGAAGGACCCCGAGCUUAGGUUCGAUGGCCGCUCAGCGGUAGAUCUAAAGGACCGAUUCCGCACAUACUACCCCGACGCAUACAAGCAGCACUACCCGAACGCCAAGACGCACCUCUCCUCCAAGGUGCGCUCCACGCUCCCCGACGGCACGUCCAUCUUCGAGAAGACGCGCUCGAAGAAGCGCCGGCCGUUCACGGAGGACGAAGACCGCGCGCUCAAGGCCGGGUACGAGAAGCACGGCACCGUCUGGUCGACGAUCGUGCGCGACCCCGUCUUCAGGGAACAGAACCGGCGCUCGACGGACCUAAGGGAUAGGUUCAGGAACGCGUUCCCAGAGCUGUAUCAGGCGGCAGGCUAUAAGCCACGCACUGCGGCGAAGAAGAAGCAGAGCAGCUUGGGGAUGUUGGGCAUGUCCGCGACGGAUGACCAGGUGAUCGGAAGGGAGGGCGCGAAUAGGGAGGGAGCGGUGGGCCCAAUGAGGAGGAAGAGGGCGUUGACGAACGAAAGUCUGUUCAGGGGAGGGACCAAGAGCGUUCCGGAAAGCGUCACGAACAGUGAUGACGAGCUUGGGGAGAGCGAGGAUGAGGAGCUGGAAGACGUGAAGCCGUCAAUAUCGUUUGUGGACUGCCAAGCUUCGCGCCCCCGUUCGGCGAGUGUCGUCCCACCAGGGGUGGCACCGGAGCAACAAGACCUAUCCCCCCCAGGACAGUCGGCUUCGGCGUCCUCGUCGCAAGAUGUCCUCGGCGAGAUCGACAUGCCCCUCGACGACCCUUUCGCGAGUUUCGAAGACCUCAUACAGGCCUCCGAGUCGCUGGACUCGUCCGCCUGGUCGACGCCACUCCACAGCAUGCCGUGGAACACGGCCUCGCCCGCGUCCUCUCACAUCUCCGCCGACUACUUCGCCGCGCAGUCGCCGCUGCACACCAACGGCAACGGCGACCUCCGCACGGGCUCGUCCUCCGGCUCGCACCUGAUCGGCAAAUCAGCGUGGGGCACGCAAGACUGGCUAUCGGCAAACCCGCGCCUGGACCACAACCCGUCGGGCGCGUCUUCCUCGGGCGCGUCCUCCUAUGCCGGCGGCGGUAUCUCGCCCGAGCCCGCCUCGCCGCUCUCCUCGUUCUCCUUCCACUCCCUCGGCGCGUACGACAGCUCGGGCGUGUUCGACCGGUACGACCUCCUCCCCGCCGGCGGUGGCUCCGCCUUCGCGUUCGCGCAUGACUUCGCGAGCGAGGUCGGCGCGGGCGACUCGCACUCGACGUUCAGCGACCCAGAGCUCUCGUUCGCGCCCGCCUCCUUCCGCGGCUUCACGCACCACUCGAGCUACGCCGGCGACCUCAUCUUCGGCGCGCGCACGCACCAGCCGCCCGGGCAGCAGACGUCGUUCUUCGGGCUUGGGCUUGGGCUGGGCGGCGCCGGCCCGGCGGGGGCGGGUCUGGACGGCAGCGCGGGCGUGCACCCGAGUCAGCUGCACACGCCGAGCCUCGCGGGGAUCGACGAGCUGGAGCUCAUCCACCUGAACGACGACCCGCCGGAGCCGAUGGAGCUCGGGCUCGGGAUGGACAUGGACCGCGCGCUCGACCUCGAUGCGGGCAAGGAGCCGGAGGGCGAGCCGCCGGACGCGAUGGCUGCGCUCGCGUACGGGCUCGGCGAUGCGAUGGAGGGCGUCGUCGCGCCGUCGGCCGGGGCGCAGGACUCGAGAACCGCGGACGAGAUGCACUCGACCCCGCCGGCGACGCCCGUGCGCACGUCGCGCGCGCCUCGGCCGAUGUCCACCUACGGUGGGGGCGUCGCGAGCGCGGGGGCUUCGGCUGCCGCAAUGCAGAACCGCUCGUUCUCGGUACCGCCGGGCGAGCACCGCGCGGACGCGCCGUUCGCGGACUCCUCGUACGCCCGGCCACCGCUGACGCCGACGCGGAGCUUGAGCCUGCUCACGACGCUCGGCCAGAUGCACGGCGCAACCCCUCCUCCUCCGGCGUCGACGUCCCAAGCGUACGCGCAACAGCAGCCGCCGCACGGCCAAUUCUUCUCCGUGACGCCGGAUACGGCGCGACCGCCGGCGUCGGACCAGGCCGCGCUGUCGUUCCUCGAUCUGCACUACUAUGGCGGGUCGGCCGCGCAGGCGAGCUUGGACGCGCUCGUGGAGCUGCUCGACGGUCACGCGGCGGGACACACGCGGCAGGGCCAGGCGCUCGACCUCGCGCGCUCGUCGUCGGCCGCGUCGCUGAAGCCUGGCGGGAAUUCUUUUGGCGGGCGGACGCCGCAGCUGCGGCCGGCGAGCGUGGCACCGGCUAACGGGGUGGGUACCGUCACGCCCGCGCGAUUGCACACGCACCAUCGCGGGAUGAGCGCCGUCGCGCCGCAGGAUCUGGUACUCAACGCUGGGAACGAUAACAAGCGAAAGCGUAUGAGUUGGGAUGGGAUGAGCGCGUAGGGGUGGUUUCGGCAGUUUCUUCAGCUUCUCGUUUCCUUCUGGCCUGCUCUGCUUGGUGACGCAUCGUUUGGAUUUCUUUCUCUUUCAUUCUCCUCCCUCAUGGAACCGAUUGCAUCCUCUGUCCGAUUUCUCUUCGUCAUCAUCACCACUGGACCAAGCCUGUUUCUUUCUUCCAUGCGAAUCGCGUUCCUAGCAUGUAUAUAUAUGCACACAGAAUCACACGAAAC